AUGAGUUCGGAAUCGGAACAGUCUUCGAGUUUGGUUAUCCCUCAGAAAUCCGAUUGCAUGUACACGGCAUGCUUCUGCGAGGAAAAUAUUUGGCAAUUAGCUAAACUGAUACUAGACUUAAACAAGUCCACGCCAAACAUGAAAUGUUACGUUAUUUUUGUGUCGAACUAUAAUAAAUGCGUACACUUGUGGAAUCAAAACAGUAGCCAUAAUGAAGGACUCGUGUUUUGGGAUUACCACGUAUUCUUGAUUGUUCAGCAUCUUGAUAAUACCUUGGUUUUUGAUAUGGACACUAGAUUGCCAUUCCCUGUUCCUUUCGCACAAUACGCUAAGGAAGCUAUUAGAGAGGAAUUUAAGGAAUCUCACUCUAAACGCUAUUUUAAAGUUGUUGAUGCUGAUGUAUUCGUGGCUAAAUUUUCAUCUGAUAGAAACCACAUGAUAGAAGAAGGCGGUUGGAUGUCACCACCACCGCCAUAUCCUCCAAUUUUAAACGAAGAUAAAGUUCACAAUUUGGAUAAUUUCAUUUCAAUGGAUCCUUCAAACGAAUUUGGACCAGUACUGAAUCUUGAGGAAUUUAAAGCUAGAUUUUCAUAA